GGAGGCUGCUCCUGGGCAGGGGCGAGCGCCAGGGCCCAGCUGGGGGGCGCCGGGAUCCCGCCGAGGCCUCGGGCCCGUGGGACGCUGUCAGGCUGCCCCACGGAGGGGAGGGGAUCGCCUGCACUUUGUCUGAGGGUCCGGGCAUCUUCGUACGGGACAGCGGCCAUAGAGCUGUUUUGUGGGCAGCUGGGUCUGUGCCUGUGUGGGCUGGAGAGGCUGCCAGAAACCAGGGGCUACUCGGAGGUUUUCACAGGAUUUCAGGCGACUCGGGGCCCAUUAGGUGCUGUCGGUUCACUGGGAAACUUGGAUAUGUUGAUCCCUCUUGGACUGGGAUUAUGUUGCAGAAUUUCAGGAUAAUAGUUUUGCGGUUUUGGUAAGGCUCUUAUAAGUGUUGUAAAGAAGGACCUAUCUUGCAUUUUCUCUGUAAUAUUUUUUUUCCUUGUAGAUGAGGUUUUGCUGUGGACUUCUCAAAUCGACUGACUUUCUCCCUUUACUUUUCUAGAGGAAAACUGCAGUAGUUGGAACAAAACUUGCUAUUUUUGUUUGCCUAAGCAAAAGAAAAAGACAUUGCUUAUCUUUAAAUAAGGGGGGGAUCCUUAUUGGUUUCUUUGGCGGUGUCUUAUGCACCCAAGGGAACAUGAUUAUAGUCCUACUUCUAGACCUUCUCUGUAUUCAGAAGUUGUACAGCUUUAACUACACCUGUACAGUUUAAAGUAGUACUUUUCUGUAGCAGGUGUAUUGUCUUAUUGUAGAGUGUAGGAGGGACUCUAAGAUCCUCUGUUGUACGCCUAUUGGAAUAAAGAUAUCUUAUACCUGCAGUUAAUAUUAUUCUUGCAAGCAGUGUUAAAAGCAUAUUGAAAAAAAAGUCACCUUUAACUGAUGUUGGCAUAAUAACUCAGUCAUCCAGGAUUUAAAUUAGUGGUACAAUGUGUAGACUGCUAAUGAACUUGCCACUCUGUUAGUAGUAUAAUUUUUAAUUGAAUAGUUCGAUAUAGAUCUGCACUUAAGGUUGGUUGUUUUUUUUUUUAUGGAAGCUUAAAACUAAAGUCUGGAUAAAGUUCAGACUAUGGAGGUGUCUUAUUGUAAUUCUGAAGUUCUGGGAUUGUCUCUAAUUGCACUUGUGCAGUAAGGUUGCACCAUUUUUUAUGAAGCAUUUUUUCCAUGAAAAUCACCUAUAGGUAUGCAAAAUAAAUACACACUUGAUGUCUUGUACGUACGUAUAUUAUUGACUGUCUCUGUGGUUAGAAAUUUAAAUUGAACUAUAGUAAGUGGCAAUAUAAUGAAAUAGUGAGGCAUGUUAUUCUGAGAAUAGCAUUUUGUGAGAAACAGCAGAAUCUUGUCUGCUUAGUCUUGGAAAUACUGAACUGAAGAACUGGCAGAUAUAUUUUAUGGAGCAAUACUGUACUGAUGGGUUGGUAUUUGUCAGAUUGAAGGGACCAUCUGAAUACUCUGGUCAUGGCCCUGAGCACAGCUGUUUGGCCCUACACAAGUGUUUUCCAGGUUGUGCUUGUUGACUCCGCACCCAGGUGAAAGGAUGACACAGAUGCUGAAGUGGGACUAAAUGACAGGCUACAGCUUUUAUAAGCAGUAAAUACAGAACAAGUUGAAAUCAUCACAGAAGGAUAAAGUGCGUCAGUUUAUGGUCUUCACGCAAUCUAGUGAAAAGACAGCAGUGAGUUGUCUGUCUCAGAAUGACUGGAAGUUAGACGUUGCCACAGACAACUUUUUCCAAAAUCCUGAACUUUAUAUACGAGAGAGUGUUAAAGGAUCAUUGGACAGAAAGAAGUUAGAACAACUAUAUAACAGAUACAAAGAUCCUCAAGAUGAAAAUAAAAUUGGUAUAGAUGGUAUACAGCAGUUUUGUGAUGAUCUAGCCCUUGACCCUGCCAGCAUUACUGUACUCAUCAUUGCAUGGAAAUUCCGAGCUGCAACACAGUGUGAAUUUUCAAAGCUGGAGUUCAUGGACGGAAUGACUGAGCUGGGAUGUGACAGCAUAGAAAAACUGAAGGCCCAGAUUCCUAAAAUGGAACAAGAAUUAAAAGAGCCAGGAAGAUUUAAGGAUUUUUAUCAGUUUACUUUCAACUUUGCAAAGAAUCCGGGACAGAAGGGUUUAGAUUUAGAAAUGGCCAUUGCCUACUGGAAUUUAGUACUUAAUGGAAGAUUUAAAUUUCUAGACUUGUGGAACAAAUUUUUGUUGGAACAUCAUAAAAGAUCAAUUCCCAAGGAUACCUGGAACCUUCUUCUAGACUUUAGUACAAUGAUAGCAGAUGAUAUGUCUAACUAUGAUGAGGAAGGGGCAUGGCCAGUUCUCAUUGAUGACUUUGUGGAAUUUGCACGCCCUCAAAUUGCUGGGACAAAAAGUACGACGGUGUAGCACUAAAGGACCCUUCUAGAGUGUACAUAGUCUGUACAAAGACCCGAAAUGGAAAAUUGCACAGUCAAUUUCUGCUGGCUGGACUGAACUGAAGAUCAAUCCUCACAAUAUGGCUGAGGGUUGAGACAAACCUUUAAGGAUACAUCUUGGACCAUAUCAUAUUUCAUUCUUCUACUGGUGGUUUGGGCUUUUCUUCUAGUCUGGACCACUUUCGCCUGUUAAAAUUUCAACAUUGUGGAUUUCAUUAUGGAUUUUUUUUUUGGUGGACCACCCUAGUUCCAUCUCCCAUAAGUUCUAGAAGCUUUAUAAUUAUUUUGAGAUUUCUGGUUUCACAUAAAGCACAAUGCUGGUCAUCAUCAGACAACUGUUGUAUGGCAUCUGAAUUAUACAGAUCAACAUCAAAACAGUUUUUAAAAGAAUCCUUAAAUAUACACCUGGGGCUAGUUGCAAAGACUGUCUCGAUAGCACUUCCUGGAAGAGUGAUAUAUUUAAGUGUACUGGGUCCGAUUAUUAUUAUUUUAUUUUCCUUUUCUGGAAAAGUACAGGUAUUGUCUAAGUGAGUUUGAGAAUCUGGUGAAAACAAUUACAGAAAUAACCAAGGAAACCUGAGGGUGUUGCUAGUGGGGCAUCCAGGUGCCCGCCUGAAUGGUUUGAUUGUCCGUGAGCUGACGGUGGAACAGCUGAAGUGCGACACCACUACCGUGCACUUAAAGCACCCGCGUUUAAUGCUGCAGUCGGCCUUGAGCGAGUGUCGUGGAGAUGAGCUGUGUCUGUCAGGAUAGAAUCUGAUAUUCUCUAGGUUAUUACCUAAAAAAUCAAGAUUUCAUUGCAGAUUGGAAAUGCGUAACCGUCUGUCAAAGAAAGGGUUUUCAUUUCUGUGGAAAUCUAAGACUUGACUAUACUGAAUUUGUUUCUUAAACGUUUGCUACACAUUGCAGUAUUUUAAAGUGAGACAUGAAUUCGUAUGGUUGCGGUAUGACAAAUAAGUGGCCCUGUUGUACAAGAAGCUGGUGAGUUUGUGUAUCGAGGUUUGGAAACCAUUAUGCUGAGAAGUUAAAUCUUUAUCACGUAGAGGUACUGCCAUUAGGGAUGACACCCUUUUAAAAAUGAUUUUGUUGAGUUGUCCUUGAAUUGACAUAUCACUGUGGUUGCCAAAUACAGAAGUUAAGAGUAAGGCUUUCCCAAACAAGCACAGAUCAGAUACAAAAAUACUACACUGGCUUUGUUUGCUUGAAUUAUUUUGUUGAUCCAUCACUACUACUUACUGUCUUGGUGCAUUUAAAAUAAUUUGUUCAAAACAGGUUUUAUCAAAUGCAGUCCUUUAUUUUUAAUAUUACAAGAGCUUGUGAGCUGCUUUUGUGCUAAACAUGGUCCUUUACUCCUCAGUUAGCUACAUGUGGAGAGAGCUGAUAACUACUGCUCUGUAAAACAAGCUGGAAAAUAUGAAUACCAAGCUGCAGGAAGAAAGACAGACUCUGGUUGUAAGGACGGGCAGAGUCUGUGCUCCGAAUAAUCUCAUGAUAAGGCCAGAGUUAUUUUAGACAUGAGUAACUGAGAGUUGCGCUAAACACCAGAACACUUUGUGCAGAUGCUAAAACUAUUUUAGGAAAAAAAAAAUUGACUAUUAAACUGCUAAAAAUGGUGAUUUGUAUUCUUUGAAGUUGCCCGUAAGGCUGGCUCCCCUUGUAGCAGCGCCCUGUGGAGAAAAUCCAGGUAUGUAUUGCAGUAAUACAGCUCCACAAAGACAUUUGCAAACUUCCUCCAGCUACUGGACUUGGCGAUGCCAAAACAUAAGUGUGUUGUGCUGCUUUCAGUAUUUCCUUUCUCAGUUUUAUGUAAAUAGGUAUCGGGACUGGGGUGGAAAAAGGCUCUACAAGGUAUCUGUGCGUGCUGGUUUCUGGCUGGAGGGGUUUGGUACCGGUUCCGAUGGGCGAGUUCAGGGUGCUGGGGUGGGCAGAACUGAGUUGCUUUGUGUCCCAGCCCAGACUUAUCCCUCAAAACAAAAGCCCGAGACUGGGUAGUGGGGCAGUGGGGUGGUUGAAAGCCUCUUCCUUUCGAAUGCAAGAUCUUUUCAACAAAAUAGUAUUGUCAUCAGUUUGGUACUACACGCUUAUAAUUACUGUGUAAUUAUAAAGAAAUACAUAAAACUUUGUCUAAUUAUGUUGCAGAAUAGGGUUGUUUGUGCUGUGAUGGCAUCAAAAUGAGUGACUGAAGUUGGAAGAACCAUUGAUUUUAACAGGGUGUUGUUCUAAGGACAAAAUGCCUGAUUACAGGGAGUAUUUUGUGUGCUCAGAUGUGGCCACGUGUUUUUUCCUUUAUAUAUUUCUGUGGUUUUUCUUUUAUUUUUUUUUUAAAGAAUGCAGACAGAUGCUUACUUGGGUUGCUUUAAUUCGUAAGUGCUUAUUUCUCUUCAAUUCGAUGAUCUCCCCUUAAAUGGAUCAACUUAAUUUUGCCAAAUGUCCAGAAAAAAAAGGCAGCGAACAUCAAGUUUGUCACCUGUUUUUAUACAUUAUGUACAAAAUUAGAAGUGCCCUGAUAUAAAACAAUCUCAAGAUUAUAUUUAGUAAAAAAAAAAACAAACAAAACCCAUCAUUUACAUAUCUCUGUAAAUUCAAAUGUAACUUCUUACAAUCCCUCUCAUUACCAACAGAGGCAAUAAAGCUCCAGUGAAAUUGCCAUGA